CAAAUCAUCUGCACUUCCGUCCUGAAGAGUCGCACUAGGAUUCUAAAGAGAAAACCGGGUCUGGGUUCCCCCAAGCACGAUGGCCACUUACAGCCUGGCCAACGAGCGGCUUCGCGCUCUGGAGGACAUCGAAAGGGAAAUUGGCGCCAUCCUUCAGAAUGCAGGGACGGUCAUCCUGGAGCUGUCCAAGGAGAAAACUAACGAGCGGCUCCUCGACCGCCAGGCGGCGGCCUUCACCGCAUCGGUGCAGCACGUGGAGGCGGAGCUGUCAGCCCAGAUCCGCUACCUCACCCAGGUGGCCACAGGACAGCCCCACGAGGGCUCCAGCUACUCCUGCAGGAAGGACUGUCAGAUGGCCCUGAAGCGAGUGGACUAUGCUCGCCUCAAGCUCGGUGACGUGGCCCGCACCUGUGAGCAGAUGCUGGAGAGCUAAGGCCAGCAGGCAGGGGGAGAGCGGCCCUGGCACCUUGGAGUCGGGGGGCAGCGGAACCUGGAGACUGGUGGGAUGAGGGGGCACCCCUGGGGCCCACACGCUGUGCUGGGCAGGGUGGAGC